AUGGACGAGGAGGCGGCGCUCAAGGCCGAGAUUGCCAAGCUCACCGGUGCCAUCAGCAGCCACAGGCAUACCGCAGCAUCUUCUUCCAGCGGCCCAGCGUACGGCUAUGCGCCAUACAGAGGUCGUGGCAGGGGCAGAGGCGCUACUAGCUAUCCUUACUCGGACAGGGGGGCGAGCCGGGGCCGCGGCCGAGGACGAGGCGCGCCACUUCCGGCCCGCAACCGGACCCUCAUCCUCAACGAUCCAGCAGCGAGCAAGGCGACAGCAGCGGCGACGAUGGCAAUGGCGUCCACACCAGGCGACGGCACCGACUCUGCCUCGAAACCGGCCUCAAGCCUCAGCAAUGACAGCGCGAUGCAGAGCGCCGACUCGACCAACAACGACGGCGGUGCAGCUCCCUCAGCAGCAGCAGCGUCCUCGGACGGCUGGAUCAAGCGCAAGACGACCCACAACAUGAGCCUGGUCAGCUCCUCGACCUUUCAAAAAACCGAGCCGGCCCGCCUCGCCGCCAUCGCCGCGACGCAGACCGCCAAGGCCGAGGCGAGGGCCAAGGCCAAGCAAGAGGCCGAGCAGCGCAAGUCGGCAAAGUGGCACGCUUCGUCGGCCGCCGCCGCGAAAAAGGGCCGCGGCAAGGCGGGCGACGCCUCGGUGCGUCGGGGCGACAACAUGGGCGAGGUCGUCAUCGACGGCGUCGUCUUUGAGUUCGACCCGAGCGGCACCAAGCUCGUCAAAAAGGCCGUUCAGCCCCCGUCGGACGCUUCCGCCGACGCCGGCGCCGGCAGCUCGACCUCUGACGCGGCGCCAUCGUCGGCUGCGGCAUCGACGGCCACCCCACUGCGCACCUCGAUCAACGGCCAGGCCUACGUGCGCACAAAACGCGGCAACCUGGUCAGCGCCGAGCUAGUGGCCAAGAAGCGCGCGCAAAAGGAGCAGCAGGCCAAGCUGCGACGCCUCGCGGCCAUGGGCAAGCAGAUCGGCGAGCUGCAGGGCGCCAGGUACGCCGGCCGCAAGAAGGACAAGCGAGGCAACAUGACGCUCGACAAUACGAAGCCCAAGGGCCUGUGCGCCUUUUUCAACAAGACCGGACAAUGCAAACGCGGCCUGUCGUGCCCGUUCAUCCACGACGUCAACAAGAUAUCGCUGUGCCCGCGCGCGCUGCGGCCCAACGGCUGCCAACUCCCCGCAGGCACCUGUCCGCUGUCGCACAACCCGACGCCGGAGCGAGUGCCGCACUGUGUCCACUACCUCCGGACAGGCCGGUGCCGCAACGGCGACGACUGCGUCUACACGCACUCGGACAGGCUCGCCGAUGGCCUCGACACGCCGGUCUGCGACGACUUUAGCCGGCUCGGCUGGUGCGAGCGGGGCAAGGAGUGCACGCAGAGGCACACGUGGGAGUGUCCCGAGUUUGCAGCCGAUGGCAAGUGCGAGAGGAAGGGAUGCCGGCUGCUCCACGUCAUCCGCGCCAGGGCCGACGGUGGUGGCCCGUCUUCGAGGCCGGCCGCUGCCGCCGACGGCGAUGCACAGGAGCCCGAGGGCAUGCAGGACGGCGACCUCUUUAUGAGGGACGACGCGGCGGCCGACGGCGAAGACGACGCGGAAGACGAGGAUGGCGAGCGGGACCGCGCUGUCGGCAAGCGCAAGAGGCCGCUGCUCGAAGGUCAGGGCAGCGGCGUCGAUGACGACCACGACGACAUCGAGGGCGCCUCGCUGUCUGCCGAUGAAGGCGUCUCGUUCCUCUCUGGCGGACCUUCGAAGCGCAAGCGACGGGGCAAGGCGUUUUCGGGGCAGAAGGACUUUAUCUCGUUUGCCGACGAGGACGAGGACGGAGGGGAGGCGAGCGAGGAUGAGGAAGAGGAUGAGGGCGACGCAGGUUCGGCUCCCGGAGGCGACGACGAGGAGGAGGAAGAUGACCACGCGUCGGUGGAGAGCGAGGACGCUGAAGUGAGCGACUCGGAGCUGGACCGUUCGAGCGGAGAGGACGACGAAGAAGAGGGGGAAGAUGAAGGAGACGACGACGACGACGACGCGGACGAUGCCGACGCCACGUCGGACCACGGCCCUGAGCCGACACCAGACGCAAAGGUACAGUACCGCGGCCGGGCCGACGCCGACGAGGAUGAUGAUGGCAACGACGACGACGACGAUCAGCUCGUCGAGAGCUUCCUGUGA